UCCUCACACGUAUAACGUGUUGUCCCAAAGUAGUAAUCCGUAGAGCGCGAUAUACAUGCUCAAAAGCUCAGCGGUCAGCAGAAAGCAUACCUUUGAGCUCCAUUUCCCUUAGCAUACAUACAUCAAAAUAGCAUAUACCCUACUAAUGCCCAAAAGAAAGGCAGAAUCCAACACCAUGACCGAUGUCCAGAUGCAUAACACCAACGGCUCAACGGCCUACGGCAAGGCUGCUGUCAAUGGGCUGUUAAAGGAGGAAUCGAAACCUGCGGCGCCGAAACAGACGAACAGGGAUGAUUUGCAGUUGGUGCUUCAAAGCUUUAGGCUCUUGAUAGCCGACCUUUGCCAGCAGUUCGGCAUGGGCCACCCCGGCGGCGCAAUUGGUAUGGCUGCCUUUGGCGUCGCCCUUUGGAAGUACACGAUGAGAUACGCGCCACACUCAGCAGACUGGUUCAACAGAGACAGAUUCAUACUUUCGAAUGGACAUACAUGUUUGUUCCAAUACGCCAACCUAUAUCUAUCUGGAUACAAAGCUAUGACAUGGGAGCAGCUUUUAUCAUACCACUCCGAGCGUCCUGAUAGCCUUUGUCCAGGGCAUCCUGAAAUCGAACACGAGGGCAUCGAGCUUACCACGGGGCCUUUGGGACAGGGCAUUUCGAAUGCAGUAGGACUAGCUAUCGCUACUAAGCAUCUAGCUGCGACGUUCAAUCGUCCGGGAUUUGAAGUUGUGAACAAUCAUACUUGGUGCUCGAUAGGUGACGCGUGCUUGCAAGAGGGCGUUGGCUGCGAAGCCCUAAGCUAUGCCGGCCAUCUCAAACUCAACAAUCUCACAGUGAUAUACGACAACAAUCAGAUAACAUGUGACGGUUCCGUCGACCUCACAAAUACCGAAGAUGUGAACAAGAAAAUGGAAGCCUGCGGCUGGGAAGUCGUUGACGUAGUGGACGGUGUGAACGACGUGGAAGGCAUCGUAGCUGCACUCGAAAAAGGCCGCGACCCGAAGCGCACAAAACCUCUUUUCAUCAAUGUACGCUCCAUCAUUGGCGUUGGAUCAGCAGUAGCAGGCCAGGCGGUCUCACAUGGCGCUCCACUGGGCAAGGAUAAUGUCGCAGCCAUGAAAAAGGCCUAUGGCUGGGACACCGAGAAGGUUUUCCAUAUCCCCGAUAAGGUUAAGAAGUUCUACGAAGAUAUUCCCGCUCGGGGCGAGAAGUAUGUUAAAGAAUGGAACGACUUGCUGGUGCGGUACACCAAGGAGUAUCCCGACCUCGCAGCGACGUUCAAGGACCGCAUGGCCGGCAAGCUGCCCUCUAACUGGGCCUCCAUGAUCCCUUCCUCUUUCCCUGCGGACCCCACGCCCUCCCGCAAGUCCAACAACAUGGUGGUGGGCAAGAUUUUCGCGGAAUGCCCAACCUUCAUGGUCGGAACAGCGGAUCUCACGCCCAGCGUGAACAUGACAUGGCCUAACUACGAGAUCUUCAACCCGCCGGAUCUCACUCCUAUCUCCGGGAAGAAAGGCUCAUACAAGGGCCGCUACAUUCACUACGGCAUCAGGGAGCACGUCAUGGCCGCCAUCGCCAAUGGACUCGCGGCCUAUGCGCCCCGCACAAUCAUCCCCAUCACCAGCACCUUCUUCAUGUUCUACCUCUACGCCGCGCCCGCCGUGCGCAUGGGUGCGCUGCAGAAGCUCAAAGUGAUCCACGUCGCGACGCACGACUCGAUCGGCGCGGGCGAAGACGGACCCACGCAUCAGCCCGUCGAGCUCGCCGCGCUAUACCGCGCGAUGCCACACCUCGAGUACAUGCGGCCCGGCGACAGCGAGGAGGUCGCGGGCGCGUGGGCGCGCGCGAUCGAGUACGCCGACGGGCCCUCGAUGAUUAGUGUGAGCCGCCACGCGAUCCCGCAGCUGCCGGGGCUCACGCGGCGCGCCGGGGUUGCGCGCGGCGCGUACGUGCUGCAGGAGGUCGAGGAUGCAGACGUCACGCUCAUCGCUGCGGGCGCGGAGCUCAGCUUCCCCGUCAGCGUUGCGCGGCAGCUCGCCGAGACGCACCGCGUCAAGGCGAGGGUGGUGAGCUUCCCGUGCCACAAGCUGUUCCGGGAGCAGCCGGUGGCGUACCAGCGCGAGGUCCUGCGGCGACACGAGGGCAUUCCUGCCGUCGUCAUCGAGCCGUAUGUCAGUCUGGGGUGGGAGCGGUGGGCGGAUGCCGGCGUCAACAUGAAAGGGUAUGGGCACUCGCUGCCGGGGAAGUAUAUCUAUGAGCAUUUCGGAUAUACGACCGAGGGCAUGGCGGAGGGGAUUGAGGGGUUCGUGAGGGAGUUUAAGGAGGGGAAGGUGGGGAGGGGAGAGUUUGUGGAGUUGUGA